AUGUCGCCAAUCAACACUUCGGGAGGCCCAUCUGUCGCACCACAGGUCUUGUUGUGGUCCUACGAACUGCGUCGCGAGAACAAGAUCCUCAUCGAACAUAUUGGAGAAGUGGAAAGCCAGCUCUUCAAAACAGAAAAGCACUCUCGUAAUCUUGAACAAUACCUGAAAAGCCUCACCAAUCUUGUCGCUGCUCUCGACCACAUCAAGCAAUCCAAUAAUACUUAUACCGAGGAGCGUCUGCAGUAUCUUCGUGAGCAACUCAAGAACAGGGUUCUUCCGCUCUGUGAAUCCGACCAGACCCUUGCAGACAAGAACAAAGUCUUGUUGAAUCCCCCCAUGGAUAUUCCCACCACCCACCUCCCCUCUUGGCUCAACCCCGAAAUAACAAUGACCCUCUCCUCGAUGUGCCAGAAUGAGCGCUCUCUUGAAUCCUACUACGAUGAAGCAAACUAUCUCCGCCGUCAAUCCCACCCAACCCGUGCCGAAGACGAGAUCCUCGUCAAUGCAUUCAUCUCAGGCUGCGAUGACCGACUCUACCGUCGCCGUCUCGACCACGCCGUGAGGAAGGGUCAGCGAAACUGGACCAGACUGAGCCAUGAAGUCCAGCACUUGUUGAAUGAGGAAGAGUACAUGGAAAAUCAGAAGUUUGCUCUGGCCCAUCGGAAUGAGGAUGGAUCUGUUUUGUGGCCUGAUGGAUCCGUAAAACAUCGGUUUGUUGCAUAUUUGCCGUUCACGGAGGAUGACCUUACGACUUCUGAGGAUGAUGAGUCCUCUUCGGAGGCUGAUUCGAAGGCCAAGAGUAUUUGA